AUGAGUCGUUGGCGGCGGUCAGUGGACGAGCUCGCUGCGCGGCGGCGACAGCAGAGCGAGUGUGAGCGCGCUCAGGAGUCUCUCACCAAGCUCACUUCCUGUUUCCAGCAGCUGGCGACGUCACUCGGCAGCUCAGCUGAUUGCAACUUCCUGCGAGACGAGUUGGAUGAGACGAGAUUGCUCGCUCAACGGAUCUGCUGCGGUCUUUCCCGCCGCCUACUCCGCCUGCUGGCUGACGCUGACCCCGCCCCCUCUGGCCCCGCCCCCUCUGGCCCCGCCCCCUCUGGUGUGGAGGACCGGCAGGUGUUGGAGCGCCUCUGGGUCCUCUUCCUGUCUGCCUUAGAGAACUUCCUGUCUGAUCUCCGGAAAGCCAGAGACGUGAUUGGACGAUUUCCUCUGACUCAGCGCCACGACCGCCGCUUGCUAAUCAACACAGGGUGUUUGGAUGGCGUGGUGGGCGUGGCUUCAGUCCAGGUGCCUUGGCUGAACUUGGAGGCGGAGCUGAGUCCUGAUCUGACCAAUCAGAUCUCAGGACUGGAGGCCAAGCUGAGUGAGAUGCAGCUAAAGGUACCGGUGGCGUUCUGGUCGGUGGAGGCGACCCAGCCUGCGUGGGCGGAGCUUCAGGUUGACGUAGAGAAACAAGACGACAGCCUGGAGGAGCUGAUGGAGGCAGACGUCGUCUCCAACGGCAACAAGAUGGCCGCCUGCUGUCCGCCGCCGUGCUGCGGACUCAGCUGUGUCGGGUAG